AUGGACGCCGACGUCACGACAGAUUGUUUGAAUAAUUUAGAAAAUUUAAACAUACCUACGAGCUCCUGGGAUCCUAUAAUUAUAUUCCUUGUGAUACAAAAGUUAGACCCGGAGUCUCACAAAGAAUGGGAGCAGACAGCUUAUUCAAAAUUAGAGGACGAACUACCAACUUGGGAGAAUUUUAAGGAUUUCCUGCAGUCAAGAUACCGUACCUUAGAACUUGUAUUGUCCGUGUCAGGGACUUGUAGCAGCCGUGACAAACCUGUAAGAGAACGUUCACAUUUACUAACUGCCACAGCCACCACGUCACAGCCAAAUGAAAGAACUUGCGUGCUCUGUAAAGAAAAACAUACAUUAUGUCAUUGUAAGAAUUUUACCAAACUGCAACCUGAAGAAAGAGCUGAUUAUGUCAAGACCAACAAUCUGUGUUUUAACUGUUUGGUGCCUGGGCAUUCUGCUUACCAGUGUAAGUUACAAAUGUCCUGUCGCUUAUGUAGAAGACGGCAUCACACUCUUCUCCACCGCCAUCAAGACUCGGCACAAACUGAGGAAAAGAAUCAACCGAGUGCAUCUCACCACGGGGUAGAAGAGAAAGAAGAGGUUAUAAAUAGCAUGGUGGCGUCACAUCACAGAACUAAGCAAAGUACAGCACUACUAGCCACAGCCAUGGUUUUAACGAGGAACGAGCAUAACCAAACCGUUGUUCUUCGUGCGCUAGUAGACCAAGGUUCGCAGGCUUCAUUUUUAAGCGAGAAGGCGGCUCAAACGCUCAAACUUACCAGGCAAUCAGCGAGAGGAAGUAUUAUCGGGGUGGGAUCUACUAGGACUAAUGUUGAUCACGUGGUUCAACUUAAGAUUGGCUCCCGCUGGAAUCCAAGCUUCGAAAUCAACAUACAAGCAUAUGUUAUGAGUAAACAGUUGACCACAAAGAUCCCCUCCAAAGCUGUAACUGUCACACAUUGGCCACAUCUAGAAGGACUCAACCUGGCAGAUCCAGACUACUACCAACCAGGUUCUAUAGACUUACUUCUUGGUGUUAAAGAGUAUGCACAGAUUGUGCAACCAACACUUAUUAAGGGCCCUCCAGGUUCUCCAUGUGCCCAAGAAACCAACCUGGGGUGGAUCCUCUUCGGAGAAAUCGAUAAUAACCAUGAAAAUGAAUCAUUUCUGGUCCUUCAUCAUCAAGUCCAUAUAGAUCAUAUGUUGAAAUCUCUCUGGGAAAUUGACAAUGAUAAAAAGAGAAUAUUAACAAAGGAAGAAAAGCUAUGUGAAACAAUAUAUGAAAGCACACAUACGAGAAAUAGUGAAGGAAGAUAUCUAGUAAGGCUGCCAUUUAAUACAAAUAAUCCAAUUUCGAUUGAAGGAAAUACGAAGGAAAUAGCUAGAAAAAGGUUACUUCAACUAGAAAGAAGAUUUAAGAAAGAAACUAAACUGAAAGAAGAUUAUACAAAGGUCAUGCAAGAAUACAUAAAAGCUAACUACAUGGAAGAAAUCCCUAAGAAUGAAAUAAAUGAGAGAAAAUCAGUAUACUUACCUCAUCACGCCGUGGUACACGCAGACAGAGAAACUUCUAAGACACGCGUAGUAUUUGAUGGUCCAGCGAAGGGCUCCAACUGCGUUUCUCUAAACGAUGAAUUGCUUGUAGGUCCGCAACUGCAAGAGGACUUAAGGAAUAUACUUAUGAGAUCGAGAUUACACCGUGUUUGCUAUGCAAGUGAUAUACAAAAGAUGUACCUGCAAAUAUUACUUUAUGAAGAAGACGCCGAUCGAUAUCAACGCCUUUUGUGGAGAGAGAAUGAUUCAGACCCGAUUAAAGAAUAUCGUAUGCUUCGUGUUACAUUUGGUACAGCGGCGGCUCCUCACCUGGCUGUAAGAACGCUUCACCAGGUGGCGGACGAUGAAGGUCGAAAUCAUCCAAUGGCUGUUCGAAUUAUUAAAGAAGAUUUUUACAUGGACGAUCUAAUGUCGGGGGAGAGCAGUGCUCCUGAAGCCAUAAAGAGAGCACAAGAAGUAGAUAAUAUUCUACAGAAAGGUGGAUUUGUAUUAUCAAAAUGGUCAUCCAAUUCUGCUGAAUUUUUGAAAUUUAUAGAACCAAACAAACGUACAUCUCUAGCACAGUUGGAUUUUAAAUUGGAUGGAAAAGUACAAGCCCUAGGUUUGAUAUGGAACCUGGGCACGGAUCAAUUUCAAUACAAGGUUAACUUACCAGCAAGGUCAAGCAGUAUUACAAAGAGAGGCAUACUAUCUGAUAUUCAAAGACUUUUUGACCCACUGGGAUGGAUCGCCCCUAGCUUUUUGGCUAUUUUGGCUAAGAUACUCAUACAAAGGCUAUGGCUAGAACCGAUUGGCUGGGAUGACGAGAUUAACCAAUCGCUGUUACACGAUUGGCUGACAAUAAGAGAAGACUUUGAACAUGUAAAAGAGAUAGGUAUUCCAAGAUGGCUAAACACAGUAAGCACACAGAUGGAAAACAUCGAGGUUCAUGGUUUCAGCGAUGCUUCCAUGAAAGCCUAUGCUGCUGUAGCUUACAUUCGUGUGAAGAGGGAAGAUGGUUCAGUAUUCACCAAUCUAUUAGCUGCCCGUACUAGAGUGGCACCACUCCGUACCGUGUCUCUACCACGCCUGGAGUUAUGUGGGGCGUUUUUAUUAGCAAAGUUACUUAAGCAAAUAGAAAAUGCAAUGCGUAUACCUACUUCUAACAUCUAUGCAUGGACAGAUUCAUCAAUUGUUCUUGCAUGGCUAUCUGGUGAUCCUCAUAGAUGGAAGACAUUCGUGGCGAACCGGGUCGUAGAAAUUGUAGAGAAUGUAAACACACAUCGAUGGUUCCAUGUAGCUUCGGAAGAGAAUCCUGCAGACAUCGGGUCGCGAGGCAUGCUGCUGGCGGACUUGAAACAGAAACAGUUGUGGUGGACAGGAAUGAAUGCUAUUACCAGAACGUCACUGUAG